GCUUUGCCCACGUCUGGGGACGGAUGGCCAUGCUGUCCUAUCUCUGGUUCCUGUCCAAGCACGUGGCCUCCUCGCCGGUGUCCCUGCGCCACGCGCGCAGCGGCUGCGCGCUCCCGCCCCGCUGGGCACCCAGGGGGCCCCCCGCUCCCCGGCAGGCCGCCCCCCAACGCCGGCUGGCAGCCGCGGCCUCCGGUCAGGACUCCUCGCGGGUGCGCCAGAACUUCCACCCCGACUCAGAGGCCGCCGUCAACCGCCAGAUCAACCUGGAGCUCUACGCGUCCUACGUGUACUUGUCCAUGGCCUAUUACUUCUCCCGAGACGACGUGGCCUUGAACAACUUCGCCCGUUACUUCCUUCGCCAGUCGCGCGAGGAGACCGCGCACGCCGAGACGUUGCUGAAGCUGCUGAACCAGCGCGGAGGCCGCAUCUUCCUGCGGGACGUGAAGAAGCCAGAGCGGGACGACUGGGGCGGCGGGCUGCAGGCCAUGGAGUGCGCUCUGCAGCUGGAGAAGGACGUGAACCAGUCUUUGCUGGAACUGCAUGCGCUGGCUUCGGACAAGGGAGACCCCCAUCUGUGCGACUUCCUGGAAACCCACUACCUAAAUGAGCAGGUGAAGUCCAUCAAAGAACUAGGGGACCACGUGCACAACCUAACCAGGAUGGGGGCCCCAGAGGACGGCCUGGCGGAGUACCUUUUUGAUCAACACACCCUUGGAAAUGAAAACAAGCAGAACUGAACCA